GAGAACUGGGGACUUACAGUCCCUCUCACCAGGAUGUGAAGCCCUCAGCAUGGGGCAGGCAGCUAGCAGGACCAGUGAGGCUCAGAUAUCUGUGACCUUCGAUGAUGUGGCCGUGACUUUUACCCAGGAGGAGUGGGGGCAGCUGGACCCGGCCCAGAGGACCCUGUACCAGGAGGUGAUGCUGGAAAACUGUGGCCUUCUGGUGUCUCUGGGGUGUCCUGUUCCUAGACCUGAGCUGAUCUACCAGCUGGAGCACGGGCAGGAGCUGUGGACGGUGAAGAGAGACCUGUCUCAAAUCACCUAUCCAGGUGACAAGGGAAAACCCAAGACUACAGAACUUUCCCCUUGUGCACCAGCCCUGUCUGAGGGGGCCUUGUUCCAGGAACUAGGACAGGGAGACCCAGGGAAUUUCCAGCUGGGCCAAACCAAGGAUCAGAGUGGGCCAUUAGAACUGCAGGAAGGACACUUGAGACCAGGGUUGGAACCUCAGAGGGAGAAGCUCUCUGAGAAAACAAGCCCUGAACAUAAUGGUUUAGGGACAGCUGAUGGUAUAUGUUCGCAGGUUGCACAGGAGCUGAUCCAUUCAGGAGGUGCUGCCCAUGACCAUGACUCGUGUGGAUCAGGUAAAGAUCCCAUGAUUCAGGAAGAGGAAAAUACCUUUAAGUGCAACGAAUGCGGGAAAACUUUUAACAAGAAGCACCUUCUUGCUGGACAUGAAAAGAUUCACUCUGGAGUGAAGCCCUAUGAAUGCACCGAGUGUGGGAAAACCUUUAUUAAGAGCACACACCUCCUCCAGCACCACAUGAUCCACACGGGGGAGAGGCCCUACGAGUGCAUGGAGUGUGGGAAGGCCUUCAACCGCAAGUCAUACCUUACACAGCACCAGCGGAUUCACAGUGGAGAGAAGCCUUAUAAGUGCAACGAAUGUGGGAAGGCCUUCACGCACCGCUCCAAUUUCGUCUUGCAUAAGAGGAGGCACACUGGAGAGAAAUCCUUUGUGUGCAAAGAAUGUGGGCAAGUCUUUCGACACAGGCCAGGAUUCCUUCGACAUCACAUCAUCCACAGUGGCGAGAAUCCUUAUGAAUGCUUCGAGUGUGGCAAGGUCUUCAAACACAAGUCAUACCUCGUGUGGCACCAGCAGACUCACACUGGGGAGAAGCCCUUCGAGUGCAGUGAGUGUGGGAAAGCCUUCUGUGAGAGUGCAGCCCUCAUUCACCACUAUGUCAUCCACACUGGGGAGAAGCCCUUUGAGUGCCUCGAGUGUGGGAAGGCCUUCAACCACAGGUCAUACCUCAAGAGGCACCAGAGGAUUCACACUGGGGAGAAGCCUUUUGUGUGCACUGAAUGUGGACGGGCCUUCACCCACUGCUCUACUUUCAUCUUGCAUAAAAGGGCCCACACUGGAGAA